UUCGCGAACUAUGCGGUCGCAUUACGAUGAUUUCGCUGCUGGCGAAACAAAUAAAUUGAGUAGUAGUUUUGCUACAACAAAUUAUAACAAUAAUAGUGUUAGUCUAAAUAACAAUAAUAAUAAUAGUAAUAGUAACAACAAUAAUAGUAAUGGUGCGAUACCAUAUCACGCCCGUGAAAAUUCGCUGCCAUUCAGUUACGGACAGAUUAGUAAAACAUCAACGCCAUUGAGGCCAACACAUACAAACGCUACAUUGUCGUCGUCGUCGUUGACGUCUACGGUAUCACGUCGUUCGCAUACAGCACUCGGUUUGGAUUACGGUUACGGUAAAACCACAAAUAAUCAGAAUAGUGUUUUAAAUGGGAGUGGUGGUGGUGGUGUUGGUGGUGUCAAAGAUGUCAAUUUUAAUCUAUUGACACACAAUGAUCGCGAUCGUGAACGUAAUAAUUUUUACGCUGGUUUAAAUAGUGACAAAUAUUUGAAUGAAACUUGUUCACAAACAGUGAAAUAUAAUAAUCAAAGUUAUAAUAAUAAUAAUUGUAACAAUAAUAACAGUGGUUUGAAUAAUAGUUUUAAUAAUUUAAUAAAAACGGUGGAUGAAACAGAUGCCAGCAUGAUCAAAUCCCAACCACGUCUUACUAGUCCUUUGCUGGUGCGUAAAACUCUUAGUAAUGGCAGCAACAACAACAGUAGAUCACCUACGCGUUCCACAACCAACACUAUUGCAAAUACCUACCACUACAAUUUUGGUAAUGGCAACAAUAGCAACAACAGCAACAAGAACGGCAGCUUUAUUGGAGACAACAACUUUGACAAGUUUGGCGUAAAUGGCAAUAUCAACAGUAACAACGAUAACUAUGGCCACAAAACAAUGUACGGCAGUGGUAUUGGAACUGGUGGUGUUGGUGGUGACACACUAACAACAAAAACACCAGCUCGACAUGAUUUUGAUGAAUUGCUACGUGAGCGUCGUGAGAAGGUUUUCAACGAAUAUCGCACCACUUCAACAACAACAUAUGAUCUGGGCAGCUCACCAAAGGCCUCACCAGUGCCACCGCCCAGACGUAUUUCCCACGGCGUCGUACAGUUGCCCUCAACAUUACCGCCUGCCCUCAGCUCUCAGAAGUCGUCGUCAUUGUAUCCUCCACAAAUACCCAAUCGUAGUCAGAGUCAAAAUAGCAAAUACAAUUACGAUAUUGAAUUCAAUCUAAAUGUGAACGAUCGCUAUUAUGAACGCGAUGAGGUUGAUAAUGUUGAUUUAAUGCGGCGACGCACCAAUACCAUAGAUAGUGCACCGCAACGUCAGCUGCAACAGCAACAGCAACCACAGCAUUAUGUGCAACAGCAGAAACAGCAGUUGUAUCAAACGCGCGACAUUCCAUUGGCGUCACCGUAUGUAGAACGUAAUUAUCACACAAUUAGUUCAUCAUCAGCAUCGUCCACACAUGCCAAGAACAGUAACAGCAACAACUACAACAGAGAAACUUUAAGUCCAACCUCAAUGCUUGACAUUUAUUCAACGCCUUAUGAUGAGCGCAGUGGUGCCACAAACAAGCAACGUUCAAAUACGAUGACGAUGAUGACGAUGCAGCCUUUGGAGGCCACCACAGCAACAUCAAAAUCAACAACAACAUCAACUUUACAACGUACACAGCGUUCAACUGACUAUGCCACAUAUGGCAAUGGCAACUUGUAUGGUCAUGAGCACACCAAUCUUGGUCAAACAAUGACGGAUAGAGAAUCGUCACCUAUUUAUGCCACCAGCACGAAAAAGGUAACAUCAUCAUCUCUAGCUACAGCUGCUGCAUCGGCACCAGCAACGCCAUCAUAUCGCCACAACAACAACAAUAAUAAUGCAACAAUUUCUGCAACUUCAACCACAACUAUGAGUGUGGCGGAUUAUCCCUCACCAACCUCACAACGCCCCGAAACACCAGCAUUUCCUGUUACGCCGCGUACACCAUUUGCUGGCGGCAGCAAUGGCUAUGCCGCCUCACAAACCAACACACUUAACACUAAACAAAUAAAUGGCAGCUAUCAGCAACAUCAUUAUCUGCAACAGCAGCAGACGCAGCAACUCCAGCAACAACAACAACAUUAUCAGCCCGCUGUAGAGCACAACUACUCGACGGAAACAAUCUAUGGCACCAACUAUAGACCGCGCCUUAAUUCUAGUCUAUCUAUGGCCAACAGUGAGCCACAAGAGGUGGCUGCUCAUUUAGUGAAAUUUGCUAAAGAUUCUUCGAAAUUCUGGUACAAACCAAACUUGUCACGCGACGAAGCCAUUUCUCUGCUAAUCAAUGCUAAUCCCGGCACUUUUGUUGUUCGCGAUUCAACCACCUAUAAAAAUGCCUAUGGUUUGGUAUUGCGUGUUUCGCAGCCGCCACCCGGUUCGACCGCCACCGGCAAACCCGAUGAAUUGGUCAGACACUUCCUCAUCGAACCCACUACACGGGGUGUACGCCUAAAGGGUUGUGCCAACGAACCCGUCUUCACUUCCCUCUCGGCCUUGGUCUAUGAACACUCCAUAAACCAGCUGGCCUUGCCCUGUCUGUUGCAUAUACCCGAACGUGAUCUAGUGCCACCACUAGUCGAGCAUACACCAGCCCAAAAACAACUCUUAACCCAAGGUGCAGCCUGCAAUGUUCUAUGGCUGUUCUCUUGCGAUACCGAAUCUCUAACGGGCGAAGAAGCCAUACGCAAAGCCAUACGCCAAAUGUAUGCUCUAGCCUCGCCACCCACUCCCACAGAGGUCCACUUUAAGGUCACCCAACAAGGCAUUACCCUAACCGAUAACACACGCAAGAAGUUCUUCCGCAAACACUAUACAGCCGAUAUUAUAUCAUUUUGUGCCAUCGAUCCCGAUCAUCGUCUGUGGACCAUGCAGGAGCAUGGCAACGAUAAUACCACCGUGGUCGGGGCUUUGAAGAAAACCAUUUUCGCCUUUGUGGCUCGUAGUUCGCCCAGCUCGAAGGAUAACCAGUGUCAUAUAUUCUGUGAUUUGGCCAUAAAUCAACCUGCCUCGGCUAUUGUCUCGUUUGUCAACAAAACUCUGCCCACAGAGAAGCAAAAGAACUAUGUUCUCUGAGAAGAGGAUGUGCUAGAUUUCAUAAAAAUUGGUAAUAGGAAUCGUUUAAAAAAAGUAGGGCAGCAGGAAAUAGAGGAAGUUGGUAAAGAAAAAGAAAAAUCAAAGAAAACGGCGGCGAUGACGUUGAAAAAGAAGCAUGUAACCUUUAAAUUAUAAAAAAAAAACUAAAUUUAAAAAUUUUGACAAAUUCUUGAUAUCGCGGAAUUAAUAUGGAUAUGAAAUCCUGCUAGCAGUUCGGCAUUAAUUUAGGUUUUUUAGUUAACUAGCAGUUUUUAAAAGUAAUAACCCCCAGUAACACGAAGUCUGGUUAUGUGUUAACUAAUAGUUAUACUGACAGUUUUCAUACAAAAAUAAUUUUAACCGACAGUAUAACUAUUAAUUAACGCUUAACCAGGUUUCGUGUUAAUGGGGGUAACUGUGAUUAAUUUUUUAUUCUAAACGGGAUUUAGUGUAAUUGCAAUUAAGGGCUUUUAAAGUUUCAAUUAAUAUAUUUUUUAUAUUUCUAUUUAAUAUUCUGUAGUAGUAUUUGUGUAGUGUCUCACCUUUGAAAAAUUAAUCUAAUACUCGUCGUAUUCAUGUUAAAUAUUCUGCAUGUUCGGCUGUCAUUGAAUUUUAAUUUAACUAAAUUCUAAUUUUAGUUUAUUCAAUGAUCAAACUUGGGUUUUUCCUGUAAUUAAGCUUCCCAUAUUUUCUUAUAAUAUUUGCAUACAACAAAUUUGCACAGAAAAACUAACAAUUUAAUUGACAAAAGUUAUUCAUUAACAAGUCCUAUUUUCUUUAAAUUUUGAGUUCAAAUAUAUUUGUUUUGUCCUAAUAAACGAUUGAAACUUAUUUGUGGAAAAAUACUUAUGACUCAAUAGUUUUAUAGCACAAAUAAUAGUAUUAUUGUAUAGAAAGUAAAUGGAUUUAGAAUUAAGAUUUAUUAAAGUUUUGAAAUUGACUUUUCCCCACUUAUAUUUCAAGUUCGAAUGUCAAAUAAACAGUAAAUAACUGUAAUAUAAAUGGAGUGAAUUUUUUACCAGAACGAAAAUCAUUUUAAAGCGAUGGAUAACUAUGUAAUACGCGUUUCGGAAUGAUCCUUACAAAUAAAUUUAUUCCGAAUAUUUUUUCAAUAUUUCGAUCUAUUUUUAGUAUUUGUUUGGCUUUGAUUUCAAAGAAAACCUGGAAAUGAUUCAACAUUUAAAGUCAAUUGAAGCGAAUUUUAAAAAACUUCAAUAAUAUUUCGAAGAUAUAAAAAUGAUGAUAAAAAUAUUGAAAAUUUUAAUUGAAAGAAGUUUUUUUAAAUUUUAUGAAUCAAAAGUAAAGAAAUUUUAAGUUUUUUUAAGCGAAUUUAAAAAAGAUUCUGAAAAAUAUUUCGAAGUGUUGAAAGCAUCAUAUAAAAAACAGAGAUUUUUUUCUCAAAAUAUUAGAAAUUUGAAAUUCUGAAUUUAAUAGAUUAUGACAGACAAAAAAAUAAUUAAUAAUAUUUAAAAAUAUUGAAAAGAAAAUAUAAGAUUUAUUGAAAAAAAUUUGAAAAUUUUAUACAAAAAUAAGAUAAUUUUUAAACCCAGCCAAAUUUCAAUUUUCAAUGAGAACCAAAAGAUUUGUCAAAGAUUUAAAAUUUUACAAAAUUUCGAAUUUUAUUAAAAUGCAUUAAUAUUCAACAACAAUUCUGUGCGACAACCAAUUUUGUUUCUAAAUCGGAAAAUUUUGAUUCCGUUUUCUAUGAGUUUAUAAUUUUUUUUAUUUAAAAUUCCUUAAAGAGUUGAAUUUGAGCUACAACACUUCACAUAUUCAAAAUUUUCAACCAUAAAUCAUGUGACAGCUAAUAAAAUGGUAAACGUCUAGUAAAAUACAUCCAUUUUAUUAUUUCCAAAAUUUCGUUGCUGAAUUGAAAAAUUUUGGUUCCGUUUUUUAUAAAUUUAUAAUUUUUUUAUUCCUUAAAGAGCUGAAUGUGAGCCACAACACUUCACAGAAUCAAAAAUUUCAACCAUAAAUCAUAUGACAGCUAAUCAAGGGCGGAGUAAUAGAAACGGACUUAAGCUAUUUAUUCAAAGACACCCAUUUUAUUAUUUCCAACAAUUUUGUUGCUUAAUCGGAAUAUUUUGGAUCCGUUUUCUAUAAAUUGAUAAUCUUUUUAUUCCUUCACAGAAUCAAAAUUGCCAACCAUAAAUCAUGUGGCAGCUAUUAAAAUGGCGGCGUAUAAAAACAGCGUUGCCAAUUUGAAGUUGUAUUAUUACCAAAAAUUAAGAGUUUUUCUUUAAAAUGUUAUAAAACUUGUUAAAUUUUGAGUAGAUUUUAAGACACAUAAAUAAGUUUGAUUAAUCGAGAUUUAAGUUAAAUUUUUUCGAAUUGGUAAUUCGGAAUUUUUCAAUAAAUCCCAAUAGAUUUUAAUAAGUGUUUGAAUUGUAAGAAAAAUUUUACAAAUGUCUUAAAAAAAACUUAAACUUUAAGAAUUUUAAAAUCUCAGAAAAAUUGUUUAGAUUUUUCUAUUACUUUUAGUUAGUGUUCAAACUUUGUUAUCAAAAUUAAAUUAAAUUGAAAUCAGAAAUUUUAAAUUUCUGUUAAAAUUAAAAUGAUGAUUAGUAUUUCACAUUCUUCAAAUUUCUUUUACUUUGUUUGUUAUUGUAUGCAAAUUAAAUUAAGGAAGCUUUAAACACUAAAUUAUGAGGGAAUUUAAAUUUAUAUUAAAAACAAACAAAACAAAAACAUUUAAACGAGAAAGUUUUUUUUUUUGUUAGCGCUUUGUUUGCUUUAGCUAGGUAUAAUUGACGUCAUCGCCGGCCGACCCCAUUGUAGUUUUGCCUCUUGAGUUAAUUACAAAGAUGAACAAAUAAACAAAUAAAAAUAAAAAAAUAGUUGUAGUAGUGAGUAAGCAAGAAGAAAAGUGUUUUAGAAAUUAAAAUGGUCUUUGUUUUAUUAUUAUUAUAAUUUUUACGAUUUUUAGCUAUAAAUUUUAACAACAAAACUAAAAUAUUUGCAAACAAUUACAAUGUCAGGUUUUAACAUACAAACACACACACGCACACAUAUAUAUUUAGCACAGACAGACGUUACGUCGCGUUGCCAUAUUGUAAACUCUCUAUAAAUAAUAAUAACUGUUCAAUCACAUUGACAGCAACAACAACAAUAAUAAUAAUAAUAACAGAAAUAAACUUUACUCUCGUAUUUACCUUUGUUGUUUUGUUUUUGCUUUGGCAGAAGCUAAUUUACACAUGUAUGGCUUUUAAUUUUAGGUAUUUCGUAUUUUUAUUAUUAUUAUUUUGUUUAUAGUAAUUUUCACCUGAUAACAAAUCAAUUUGUUUAAACUUUAAACUAUUUGUGUUAUUUUUUGUUGUUUUGCUUUGCUUGUUUUUAUGUGUAUGAACAAAAUACAAAAAGUAAUAAUCGUAAAUUCUCCCGUUCGUUUAUAAAUUCAAUAAUGUUUGAAGUAUGAGUCAUUUUUAUUAAUGAUUUAAUCAAUUAUAUAUUUCUUUUUCUAUAACUAACUAACUUUACACACACCUUUGUAUAAAUUAAUAUAUAUUUAAAAGUAUCUAUAAAACCAUUAAUAUUAUAACAAUAUUUUUUUUUUAUAAAUUUUAAUAGUUUUAAGGUGCAAAGGAAGUUCAAGGUCAGUUAAAGUAUUUUUGAAUUUAAUAAUGGUUUAAAAUAGAAAAGCCGUUACAUUUCUUUGUUUGCUUAUAUUUUAAAUGAUUUUUUAUGUUGUUUAUUUUUCAUUUUUUAACCUUAAGUUUGUUUUUCUUUUCUAUAUUUUUUUUUAACAAAAAUAUAUACAAAUGUAUUUUAAUGUAUUUGAGAAGAAAAAAUAUACACAUUUAACUGAUCUUGAGCGUGAGCAAAAAUCUUUUUUUAAGCAUUAUUAAAUACACACUAAUCUACAUAUAUUCAACAAAAAACACACACGCGCGCAUAUUUAUAAUAUUUAGUAUAGUGAGCGACAUAAAAAAUAAAACGCCGACCCAAAAUAUAAAUUUGGUAAUAAAAAAACAAACAAAAAAAUAAUAAAACUUGUAUCGAUAAAAAUGUAAAUAAAACAAAA